AUGAAGUUCUACUCGGUCGUCGUUCUCCUCAUCGCGGGAGCCACCGCUCUCCCCGCUCUCCCACGUGCGGAGACCACCGCAGACGAGAGCUAUCUACCCAGUAGGCGUGCGGAGACCACGGCUGAUGAGAGCUAUUUGCCUUCGAAGAGGGCUGAGACCACGGCCGAUGAGAGCUACCUUCCAUCCAAACGGGCUGAGACCACCGCAGAUGAGAGCUACUUGCCUAGCAAGCGAGCUGAGACUACGGCUGAUGAGAGUUACUUGCCUAGCAAGCGAACUGAGACCACAGCCGAUGAGAGCUACCUCCCUUCUAAGCGGGCCGAGACAACUGCAGACGAGAGUUACUUGCCUAGCAAGCAGUAG